AUGGCCGGAUUCAACGACGUGCCGCUCAUCCAGAACCUCGCCGUCCCCACCGUAUGCCUGCUGAUUGCCUUCCUGAGCUACUUCUCCCAGUAUAUCUUCCACCGCUCGACCCUCGACCCCGGCCCGCCCUCGCGGACCGAAUCCGUCGUCUUCAACGCCCUGCUGCUGUGCCUGUGGCUCGCCUACUUUAGGUCAGUCACCAUCGAUCCGGGUCGAUAUGUCUUCCCCGGCAAGGUCAUCGAAUCCGACAGCCGCUGGUGCAGAAAGUGCGAGGCCCCGAAGCCCCCGAGGGCCCAUCACUGCCGCCACUGUGGGCAAUGCAUCCCCAAGAUGGAUCACCACUGUCCGUGGACUCGCAACUGCGUGUCCAUGACGACGUUUCCGCACUUCCUGCGAUUCCUCGUAUACUCCAACCUGUCGCUCUGGGCAUUGGGAAGACUUCUCUGGCAGCGCUUCUACGCACUCUGGGAGGCUCGGCAUCUACCCGCCUAUCUCGGACCCAGUCUGCAGGCGCUCAUUGCGUUGGCAUUGACAUCGCUCAUAUGCCUCUUCACGACGCUCGCUCUUGGCGUCAUGCUGGUCACUACCCUGAGGGCCUGGCUGUUUAAUUGCACCAUGAUUGAAGGCUGGGAGCUGGAGCGCCACGAGGCAGUCGUCGAUCGAGACGGGCGAGACUGGUGGGACAUAACCCAGCCUGACGGUGAAAAGGUUCGAUUCGAAAGGAUCGAGUUUCCGUACGACAUUGGCUUAUUUGCCAACAUGUCCCAGGCCAUGGGGACUUCCAACCCCCUGCUCUGGUUCUUCCCCUUUGCUGGUAACCCCCACGUCGGUACUGAUGGGCGGGGUGUUGGCUGGAACUGGGAGGAGAAUGGUUUCAACCGCAAAGAAGGCAUGUGGCCGCCCCUUGACCCAGAGAAGAUUCGGCGAGCCGCUCGACCGUGGCCGGCGUCACACGGGCACGAUCGGGCCAGAUUACCUUACGAGGACCUGAGUCUAGAGGAGCAGAAACGAGCGUUCAAGCAACGCCAGGAAGAGGACGCGAGGAGGAGGAAGUCGCUCCUCGCGGAGCUGGAAGAGGUGGACGACUACGACUUUGUAGAUGAUGUGAACGACUCGAACGACGCACGGGGCCGAGAUUCGGGCGGAGCGCCGGGGUGGAUGAACUCGGACGGCGAGCGGCUGCAAGACUACGGCGUCGACGAGGAAGCCGAAGACGCCGAGGCUGAAGAUCUGCACGACGAGGACAUGCCUCUCGGAGAACUGCUGCGCCGGAGAAGGGUCGUUUCACGGGACGACGCAGCCUAG